GGGUUGGAGCUAAGAAGCGAGGAAAGGAAACAAGGAUGCGCAAAUAAGAAAUGAACAGCACCCAUAUGCAAUAUCCUGCAAUAAUCGAUUUUUUUGAGAGCGAGUGAGACCCGAGAAUGUCUAGUAGUAGAUGGUCACUGGAGAGACCAGAGAGCGAGUGACAAGAUGUAGUGAGAGAGUGAUAGAGAGAAGAUCCUGACUGGUCUUCCUUUCAGCUAACCAGACCUAUCAGUUUUAUCUUCAACCUCUCUCAGUUCAGUGUACCACUGUAGUUCAGUAACGCUGAAGUGUCCAAAAAAAAAUCAAAAAUACAAAACCCACUUCACCCAGACUACAAUAAAGUGUUCCCCUGCUUAAUCGGGGUCAAAAAUAAUGAGUUUUCUCGCUGAAACUGAUUGCAGCAGCGACUUUUCGAUUGCCCAUGGUGGGUUAAAUGAUUGUAAAAGACAUGUUGAGGUGAGUUUAACAGCUAACAGGUGUCACUGGUUUAUUAGCAUAGCUAAUGUUAUUUAAACUAGCUGGCUAGGUGCUAUGGAGCUACUCUAUUGAUGUCCUACUUGAUGAAGCCAAAAGGGGUGGCGGUGGAGCUACCUCCCUGAAAUGAGUUUUUACUGGGUGGGAUGUCUCCAUCAGGGCUUCAGCUGGAGAUGAUUCCUGUUAGUGUGGUUGAGGGAGAUGAAGUCACUCUCACGUGUAAAACCACCUGCAGCCUGACUGACACUCCAGCAUUCACCUGGCACAAAAAUCUACGUCCUUUAUUCUCAGUCAAUUCCUCUAACCUGCUCCGUCUUCCAUCAGUCAGUCAGAUGGAUGCAGGCGAUUACAGGUGUGGUGUACAGGGACAAAUUUAUCACUCCCCUGCUGUCACUCUUGAUGUCCAGUAUCCUCCAAAGAAUGUGUCAGUGUCCAUCAGUCCCUCUGGUGAGAUAGUGGAGGGCAGUUCAGUGACUCUGACCUGCAGCAGUGAUGCUAACCCACCUGUGGAGUAUACCUGGUUUAAAGGAACAUCAUUUAAAAUCAAAGGAAAAACCUACACCCUUAACAAGAUCAGCUCUGAGGACAGUGGAGAUUACAAGUGCAAGUCCAGUAAUCAACACGGAGAGAAAUAUUCUGAAACAACAGUAAACGUUUUGUAUCCCCCUAAGAAUGUCUCAGUGUCCAUCAGUCCCUCUGGUGAGAUAGUGGAGGGCAGUGUAGUGACUCUGAGCUGCAGCAGUGAUGCUAACCCACCUGUAGAUUAUACCUGGUUUAAAGGAACGUCAUUUAAAAUCAAAGGAAAAACCUACACCGUUAACCAGAUCAGCUCUGAGGACAGUGGAGAUUACAAGUGCAAGUCCAGCAAUCAACACGGAGAGAAAUAUUCUGAAACAACAGUAAACGUUUUGUAUCCCCCUAAGGAUGUCUCAGUGUCCAUCAGUCCCUCUGGUGAGAUAGUGGAGGGCAGUGUAGUGACUCUGACCUGCAGCAGUGAUGCUAACCCACCUGUGGAGACCUACACCUGGUAUAAGGUGGAUGAAAGCUCACCUGUAGGAUCUGGACAGAGUUACAGUUUCCCGUUGAGCUCCAACAGCAGUGGAUGGUUUUACUGUGUGGCUCAGAAUAAAUUCGGGAGUCAGAGCGCUGCUGCAGUGCCUCUCACUUCAAGUGGGGGCAGAAGUGUAGUUCUGUACGUAAUUCUUGGAGUCACAGUUGGAUGUGGAUGUUUACUUGCCAUCAUCGGUGUCUUAUGUAUGAGGAGCAAGAGAAGAGGAGGUUCAAUAAAUGACACCAAGGUAUCAUCGUCUAGUCAGAUUAAUAACCCUAGUCCUCCUGAAGACCCGUACACAGCUCUUGAUCUUCAGACCAAGUCCUCCAAUGAUGUGUACGACACGCUUGCAACCGUUCACCCGAGUCCUCCUGAAGACCCGUACACAGCUCUGGACUCUCAGUCCAUCUCUCCUGAUUACGACACUUUAACAAUCGCAAGGAAAAAACACUCAUGGCCUUUCUGGACUUCUGUAGUAUUAUACGUGUGUUUGUUCAACAUUUCCAACUCGCGGUUUGUUUUUCUAGAAUGCAAGAAAGCAACAGUGAGAUUGUCAACAUCAACACCAUGUCGUGAGAGAGAGCGAGAGAGAGAGCGAGAGAGAGAGAGAGAGAGAGAGAGAGAGAGAGAAAGCGCUUUGGAUAAAUAUUAACUCAUACUUCAAAUAGCUGAAAAAUGAGAGCUUUACUUCUAUGAACAAUAUAUUGUGUGUGACUGCAUGUGCUGUUGAUUGAUUCUUUUACUAAAUGUGUACUAUAGGUUUUUGUCCUGUUUUAAUAAUUAUUUUGUUUAUAUUUUACCUGCUAAACUAAGACACUGUGCAAAAAUGUGUGCCGAUAACGUUUUGUACAUUUUACCCAAUAAAUAUGAUGUACAAAC